CACGCACACACACACAUGCUCAGUCAGCGUAAGUGACACAAGUGCUGGCUCCAUUCAGCACUGAGUUGACUGACUCACUGCUAUCCAUUAGCCAGCAUGCCGCAGAGAAAGAGGAGUUUCACUUUUGGAGCCUAUGGAGGAGUGGACAAGACAUUUUCCAAGGCCAGAAGCAUAUGGAAACAAGAUGGGAGUGACCCCCGAAUUUCUGCAACACUAGAGCCCCAGCUGUUCCAGCCUACACUCCCAUACACCUCCUCACCAUUCCACAAGACCACAGAUUUAUUUGAAAUGAUUGAAAAGAUGCAGGGCAACAGGAUGGAUGAGCAGAGAUGCACCUUUCCUCCCCCACUCAAGACUGAGGAGGACUACAUUCCAUACCCGAGUGUCCAUGAGGUGUUGGGCAGGAAAAGCCCCUUUCCUCUCAUCCUCCUGCCUCAGUUUGGUGGAUACUGGAUUGAAGGGACCAACCAUGAGCUGAGUGAGACCGUAGACACAGAGCAGCUGCAGCCUCUGUCCCCAAACACCCGCACCAAGCUGGAAUGUAACACAACCGCCACACUAUACCGGAAACACUUCCUGGGCAAGGAACACUUUAAUUACUAUUCAGUGGACAGUGCCCUUGGACAUCUGGUGUUCUCCCUAAAGUAUGAUGUGAUUGGUGACCAGGAACAUCUCCGGCUAAUGCUCAGGACCAAACUGAAAACGCACCAUGAUGUGAUCCCAAUUUCCUGUCUGACAGAGUUUCCCAAUGUGGUCCAAAUGGCCAAGCUUGUCUGCGAAGAGGUCAACGUGGACCGCUUUUUCCCCGUCCUUUAUCCAAAAGCUUCAAGACUUAUUGUCACCUUUGAUGAACAUGUGAUAAGCAACAAUUUCAAGUUUGGGGUCAUCUUUCAAAAGUUUGGACAGACUUCAGAGGAAGAUCUAUUUGGCAACAGUGAAGAGAGUCCUGCCUUUAUAGAAUUCCUGGAGUUUUUAGGAGAGAAAAUUGAGCUGCACAACUUUAAAGGUUUCCGUGGAGGGUUGGAUGUGACUCACGGGCAGACUGGCACUGAAUCUGUCUACUGCAACUACCGCAACAAAGAGGUCAUGUUCCAUGUGUCCACAAAGCUGCCUUACACAGAGGGGGACACCCAGCAGUUGCAGAGAAAGAGGCACAUAGGGAACGAUAUUGUGGCCAUCGUAUUCCAAGAAGAAAACACUCCCUUUGUACCAGACAUGAUCGCCUCCAACUUUCUCCACGCCUACGUCGUAGUCCAAGUUGUCAACCCAUGCUCUGACAAUGUUCUCUACAAGGUGUCAGUCACUGCAAGGGAUGAUGUACCUUUCUUUGGCCCAGCCCUCCCAAACCCUGCUGUCUUUAAAAAAGGCCCUGAAUUCCAUGAAUUCCUUUUUACUAAGCUCAUCAAUGCAGAGUAUGCCUGCUACAAAGCUGAGAAAUUUGCCAAAUUAGAGGAACGAACGCGGUCGGCUUUGUUAGAGACCCUGUAUGAGGAGCUCCACGUGAACAGCCAGGCCAUGAUGGGAGUUGGAGGAGAGGACGACAAACUGGAGAACGGGAGUGGAGGAGGAGGGGGCUUCUUUGAGUCCUUCAAGCGGGUGAUCCGCAGCAGGAGCCAGUCUAUGGAUGCCAUGGGUCUUACUUUCAAGAAGCCGCACACAGUCUCCACUAGCCUGAGCGGCAGCUUUAACCACAACCCCGCAGAGAGCCCCAAAUUCCCAGGGAUAUCGUUGCUUGUCCCAGGCAAAAGUCCGAGUAAAUAUGGACGUCGAGGCAGUGCCAUAGGGAUAGGAACAGUAGAAGAGUCUCUGAUAAUCCCAGGGAAAAGCCCGACUAGGAAAAAAUCUGGUCCUUUUAGCUCCAGGCGAAGCAGUGCCAUCGGUAUUGAAAACAUUCAAGAAGUCCAGGAGAAGAGUCGAGAGAACUCCCCAAAUACCCAGAAGACCCCUGACAGUGGCCACGUAUCUCAAGACCCCAAAUCUGACAACUCGUCCAAUCAGAGCUCCCCUGAAGUGCUCACAACCACCAAGAACAGUUCUUAUCUCGGUGGCAGGGCCCCAUCCAUCCCUGAGGGUCAUGACCUCUCCCGCUCCUCCUCCAACGCUAGCAGCUUCGCCAGUGUGGUGGAGGAGAACGAGACAGAGGCAACAGAGGACUAUGACACAGGCAUGGAGAGUCUGUCAUCUGCCGGGACGCCACAUAAGCGAGACUCCUUCACCUACAGCACCUGGCUGGAGGACAGCAUCAGCAGCACCAGUAACACCAGCCGUGGGAGCUCCCCAGGGCCUGGUAAACCUGAGCGAGGGAAGGGGACAGACAUUCGUAUCAAACUGGAACGACCACAUGAUCAUCAGUCCUCAUCGAACUGUUAGCUCCACACACCUGGUUGUAUCCUGGAUCUCCAUCUUCAGCAUUCCCAUAAGUCACAAUCCUUCUGGGAGAUGAGACAAGUGCAGGCGUUCGCCAUGACCAGUGAUGAGAGGGAGAAAGAUGUUGAAGAUGCGAAAGACGA